AUGUUCUUAGUUUUAAUUUUAUUAUUAAAAACUUAGGGCUAUUAUCUAGGCUAAGUGAGCUAGAUUGGAUCUGAUCUACUUGAAGUUUAUCUAUUUCCACAUUCUCAUAAUGAUGUUGGAUGGUUAAAAACAAUGAAUGAAUAUUAUAAUGAUUAUCAUGGAGUCAAAUAAAUAAUUAAUUCAUAUAUUGAAGAACUAAUUAAGGAUAGAUAAAAACAUUUUUCUUAAGUAGAGGUUGUAUAUUUUAAAAAGUAAAAUAUAUAGAAUAUUUAAUAGGUGGUGGAAUGAAUAGAAUAAUACUAUGAAAGAUAUCAUAAAAUAAUUAAUAAAUAAUCAAUAAAUAGAAUUUUUAAGUGGAGGAUGGUGCAUGAAUGAUGAAGCUACAGCAUACUAUGAAGAUAUAAUUGAUUAAAUGACUUUAGGACAUAAAUUUUUACUGUAAAAUUUUAAUUAUACACCUUCUGUUGGUUGGUAAAUAGAUACAUUUGGACAUUCUCAUACUUAAGCACUUUUUUCAAGUAUGAUGGGUUUUAAUGCUUGGUUUUUAGGACGUAUUGAUUAAUAAAAUCGAUAAGAAAGAGAUAAAUAAAAAGCAUUAGAAUUUAUUAUUCAUUCAGAUUAAGAAAAUUCAAUUUUUACACAUAUCAAUUAUUAUGGUUUUUAUUCCUCUCCUAAAGGAUUUGAUUUUGAUAUUUCAAAUCCGAAUAGAUAAUAUGUUUCUAAUGAAAACUUAGAAUUAAAAUCUGAAGGAUUUGAUUAAUAUUUUAAAUAAUAGANAACUUGUAUAAAAAUUAUAUUUAAAUAUAAAAUUAACUCUGGUUAUUUUUUAGUAUUAUUUGUGUUGUAAUAAUAGUAAUAAAUUGAAAAACAAAAUUUACCUUAUAAAUUAUUAAAAAAAGGAAGAAAUCAUUCGAUUAGAAUUUGA